AUGUUCUCAUACUAUGUGUCCCUGUGCCUUCUGGCGAGCCUACAGAGUUACGCUGUGACCAUUGGCCCAGUUUCUGACCUGGUUGUUGCCAAUGGCAAUGUAUCUCCAGACGGGUUCAUAAAGUCGGCGGUUCUUGCCGGUGGCACUCAUCCCGGGCCCAUUAUCACGGCUCAGAAGGGAGAUACGUUCAAGAUCAACGUCACGAACCACUUGAGUAACGAGACGAUGCUCACGAGUACCAGUAUCCACUGGCAUGGACUAUUCCAACAUCAUAGCAACCAAAUGGACGGCGUGGCAUUCGUUACGCAAUGCCCGAUCGCCCCAGGUCACUCUUUUCUCUACGAGUUCAAUGCUGGCGACCAAGUAGGAACAUACUGGUACCACUCUCAUUAUGGAGUCCAAUACUGCGAUGGUUUACGAGGUCCGCUGAUAAUCUACGACCCGAACGACCCGUACCGUUCCUCGUACGAUAUUGAUGAUGAGUCUACCAUUAUCACGUUGAUGGACUGGUAUCAUCUACCAUCCACUCAAGUCCAAAGACAAGUGGUUGCCGACUCGGUGCUUAUCAACGGUGUCGGGCGUUACGACGGAGGACCGGAUGUGCCUUUUGCCAUCAUCAACGUUCAGCCGCGCAAGCGAUAUCGUUUCCGCCUACUGAACAUGGCGUGCAAGCCCAACUACAUCUUCUCGAUCGAUGGCCAUAAUCUUACAAUAAUCGAAGUCGAUGGCCAAUACGUCAAACCUCUCGUGGUUGAUUCUAUUCAGAUUUACGCUGCACAGCGUUACUCCUUCAUUCUUGAGACAAAUCAGCCUGUCGACAACUACUGGGUGCAUGUCGAUCCUGACGCAGGUACAAACUCCACAGCCAUCUUACGAUAUGCCGGCUCUCCAGACGCAGACCCAAAGAACCGAACAACCUUAAGCUCGGCAGCUCUGAAUGAGACUGGCCUACACCCCCUAUACACUCCUUCUUCUCGUUUGCUGCAGAAACCAGACGUCAAACUUGAUCUUGUUCUGAGCAAAAACCUGACCACUUUCAACUUCCUCAUCAAUGGCGUCCAGUACACUUCUCCUAGUAUCCCCGUUCUACUGCAGUUACUGAGCGGUGCUAUGACGGCUGCGGACCUGGCACCUAAUGGAACCGUAUAUACUCUGCCGCGGAACAAGGUUAUCGAGAUUUCCUGGAAUCCCGAUAAUGCCCCAGGCGGCCCUCAUCCAUUCCACCUCCAUGGGCACAGCUUCGCUGUUAUCAGAAGCGCUGGAAGUAGCGGAUAUAACUAUGUCGAUCCCGUCAUGCGCGAUACCGUGACCACCGGCAACCCAGGUGAUUAUGUGACUAUCCGCUUCAUCACCGACAAUCCUGGACCUUGGUUAUUGCACUGCCAUAUCGAUUGGCAUCUUUAUGCUGGAUUGGCUUUAGUAUUUGCAGAGGCUCCUGGAGAUGUGACGGCUUGGCAGCCUUUCAAUAAUGCUUCGAAGCAGCUCUGUCCGAUAUAUAACAGCCUUCCCCAACAAAAUUUCCCUCUCCCUCCGGUUAAUUGA